AUGCGGUCUAGUGCCAUGGUUCCAGCCUCCAUUACUAGUCCAUUUAACCCGUUAAUUGCACUCCAGUCACUUUUAUCAGCUGAUGUAAUGACUGUAAACCAGCGUAUUCAAGCUGCACAAGAACUAGAGGAGUAUCUUCGUGCCAUGACUCCAACGCGUGGGCUGUUACCGUUUUACGAACCGUAUUUACCGGUAUUAAUGGAGGUAUUAUGUACCAGUGCCCCGGCCCUCCAGACACGUGUCUUGAAGAUGUUACAAACCUUAUCCAGCCACCACCCGAGUGGAUUUGGAGACUGGAUGACGAAUAAUCUUCAGCUUGGACAAGAACCAUGGCUUGUCCAAUGGAGUUAUGCUUUAUUACUACAGACUGAAGAACUUGUCCCUAUAGAGGGAUGUGAGAAUGAUGGUCCUGCUGAGAAGAAGGGUCCGGAUGAGAAAAAUGGUCACUGGGAAAUUACGUCCAUGGAAAUGAAAGAAUUUGAUCAAGUUUUUACUCAAGUGAUGCUUAUGUGGAGAACGUUAUUGGAUCAUACCGAAGAUGCAGCUCUUGUCAAUCAAGUGGUGACAUAUCUACAAAAUCUUAUGAUGCAAUCAACUGGAACAACUCAAUGGAAAACGCUUUUAUUGAAGAAAUUGCAGAGUCAUUUUGUCGAUAUGGCAGACGUUUUGAUUGGAUGGAUGAUGAGUACGGGACCAUGUAGUCGGUUACGAGAAGAGAUUCUUUUGCUCUUGCAUGAGUUUGGUCAAUUGUGGGCAGAUAAUAGCGUGUUUAGUCUUCAAUUGCUCAAUUCAUUUGCAGAUGAAAGUAUCAACUUGUGUGACUCGUGGAAGAAUCAUCAAGAGGGCGACGAUGAUCGCCUUAGUACUUUGUUGACAUGUUUUAUGAUGGUGGCGCAAUAUGUUCCAGACCUCGCUUUACGUGGUGAGGGAGGCUCUGAAAGCCCUUUUGUUAGAGUUCUUCAUCGCGUUGCAUCCUGCUCUUCGCCAAAAUAUUCUCUAUUUUGCUUGGUUAAUUGUUCAAAAUAUUUGGUGACAAUGUCUAUCUGUAAGCACAGCAACUUUCCACCUCUCUCAGUUGCAGCAGUAAGGUUUCUACUGUACCACUCUGCAGUACAAUCUCAAAUACACGAUAGCGAGAUUGACAAAUUAUCGAAAGUGAUGGAAAACGCCUGCAAGCUAGCAAGUGCAAACUUUUGCAUUAUCAAGGACUCGCUCCCAGUGCAGACUACUGCGAUAGGUUGUCUGGAAGAUGAUAUGCUUUCUAAACAUGUCAAGAAGGGCACCUCACCGAAGCGUGUAAAGACUCUAGAAUGCUUGUUUCAGUUGAAACUUGCAAGUGGGGUUGCGUACAUUACCCAACUGUGCCUGCAGCUGGUACGAUUGGGUGGAAUUGGUGCUCUCAAGGUGCUUGGGAUGCGAGCUCUUCAGUGUUUAAGUGGUCGACAGAGCGAGAAGGAAAUUAGUUGUUUCGUGUUUGCAGCUACAUGCUUUAUCUUAGCCUCCAGGAAUUCGGAGAAGCCCACGUUUACAGGUAGUAACCAUGAAGCAGAUAUUAUCACGAUUCUUGAAUUAGUUUCAACGAAGCUGGAAAAGCAAACUCACCGAAACCGUCAGCAUAAACUGACACCUCGGCAACUGUGCCUCGUGCUGAAGAUGGCGUCUGCGUUUAUUCGUGCUAUGUCUCAGUGGGACAAUGGUCAAAGUAACGCUGCGAAGAUUGUGAAUGGGGUAUUAUUGCAAAUGUUGGAAUGUGCGUUGACCUUGCUGGCCAGUGAAAAGGUAGUUAUUCUGGAUCGUCGAACCAUUGUUGACUUGUUGAAGGUGAUAGAUGCUGUAAUUUCGGAGACGAAACUCGUUUCAGUUGUGCCGCAUAAGGUAUGUCGAAGGUUACUGAAGAUUAUGGACGUAGUCAUGCACUCUUCAAGUGUAAAGGUACGAGAAGAGUGCCUUCAAGUUUUAAGAACGCUUAGUUCUCGUGUUGAAGCUCGCUUAUUUGCUUGCAACAUAUUCGAAAUGUCACUUGACCUAGCGUUGGACUACGAUGUACGAGAGAAGGUUGUGUUUUGCGGUAUGAGUGAUAUAGCUCGAUGGGCACUUGUAAACCAAGAUAAAGUGCGUGCACCUCGUCACAUAUCGCAGGAUUUGCAUCUUUCUUUCGCUGCAGCAGAUUUCGAAAGUAUUAUGAGCCUAUUUCAGACCUACGAAUGCGAUGAAGCCGAGUGGAAUCGAGUCUGUAGAAGAAUUGUAGAUCGAAUUGCUCCAAAUGUGGUACUAAAAAAUGCAGAAGUGCUCCUGAAUGCAGUCCGCCAAGCAGCAGGGUGGUGCGUCCAGCACAGACUACGCACUCAUUUUGGAGGGCCAGCUCAAAGCUUUGCCAGUAUUGAACGUUUGUUGCAAGAGUAUUCGGAUCGGAAGCAAUUUGUUACUGGGCAAACUCCUCAAAGGAGUGACGCGCAACUGCUAUCUAAUUGGUUGUUGCUUGAGUUUGUCAUCGCGUUGGAGAUGCGUAUAACUCGUGCAGUUUAUUCACCCGAAGGAGAUCAAAGCAGCUCGAAGAGUGAAGGCGACAAAUCAGCGCUCUUCUUUCGUACCAAUAAAGUGGUGUGUGAGGAUUGGCUUACCCGGAUACGACCAUUUCUCGCCGAGAUGUCGAUAAAUGGGUCAUCCUACGAAUUAUGUCGGUAUCAUAGCCAUGCUAUGAUGACAACAUGCUACAGUAAACUAAGUCGAGCAAUGACGUCUUUUACAUCCCAUGGAGGAUCUGAACAAGUGUGUAACGAGUUGAGGCAAGCAGAGAAGGACAUGGACGUUGCAUUAUUCCUACUAUGCCGCUGCCAUGUUGAUGCUAAAGAUGCAGAUUCAAUUUUGGGGUUUCAAAAAUGGGGUGACUCUAUAUCUUCCGUUCUAAGCAGCUGGUACGAAUUGAAUGAGGGAGUUAUGGACAUGACGAAAGAACAACUCAAAUUGCCCUUGUUUCGGUGGUUGUCUGCAAUGCGUUACGAAGCUGAAAUGCGAUAUGAAGACGCAGCAGCAGAGUACGAGAUAUUGCUGCAGCCAUUAGUAUCUGAAGUCGAAUCUUGUUCGUCACGAGAUGUUAGCGCUGCCAAGAUUUUUGAAUGUCCGAUGAAAUAUCUUCGCAUGUCACCCCAUGCGCUACUGGGAUGCUUCAAGCAAUGUGCAAAAUGCUACGUGUCUUUACGUGAUUGGACCAAACUUCGAUCCCUUGUUUCCCAGCUCAUAAAUAUUGCUCGAUCUCUAAUAGAUUACGACCAUCCCAUUGAGAGAGUUGAAACAAUUUUUGACUGCAGUGAUAAAUGGAGCGACGAGAUUGAGACGAUAUGUAGCCUGGUGGGGCGUGAAGUAAAUGUGUUAGCAGAAAAUGUAGGUAGUGGGAGCGAGUUACAAACUGAUCCGAAGAACCGAGCGGCACUGGCGCUUCGUGUGUGGAGCGUUUUUAGUAACCCGGUGGCUGGAUCGCCAGUUUCGGUUUUGGACAAUGUUGCUAGCCAACUUGCGAGUGAUUUGAUACCGUUGGCGUUGCAGCCAUCUCCAUGGAAUGGCUACACAGGCGAAAACAUUGGCAAGAAAGCAGAAGAAACCCUUCUUCGAAUGUUCGAGUUUUCGCACAAGGCACGAUCAAUUGAAAUGCAACAGGCCGAGGUAGCUACGGAAGGUUUGAGGCUAAAUUAUGAGAUGCAUGACUCUGCUAUUUGGAGCCAGUCAUUCUGCACACCGAGUUUGAAUUGUGCAACUCAUGAUAUGCCAGGUAAAAAUGUCAAUGCAGAUUGCCUGCACCUGACAAGUGUUGCCAGGUUGACACGGAAACAACACAAUUUUACUCUUGCUCAAAAUCUUUUGGAAGAAGCUGCGGCUGUCAAGGGCGUAAGUCAAAAGUCUUUGAUGGCUUAUCAUUACGAAAAAGCAAAAUUACUGAAGACCAUAGGAAUGGAGGAUGAAGGUCGUCAUCUUUUGGAAAUGCAAUGUGAAAUUGGUUUGAGCUCUAUUGGAUUAUUUGACGGAGAGGAGAAUGCUACAACUCGGUCGUUUUUGUAUCUCGCCAAAGCACUUGCUAAAGUGGAUAGCACAGAACUGGUGUCAUUGGCUACGUCUCGCCUUCUCCAAGGUAUAAUGAUGUCCAUUACGAACCUUGGCAAGCAAGGGCCGCUGAAUGACCUAAACGAUUUUGACUUUCUGCCUCAGACGCAAGAUACAGCGGCGUACAAAUGCCAUGUCACCGCAAUUGCUGUAUCGCCAAAAUCAGCGAAGGCCUGGGUCCGGUAUAGCCACUGGUGUUAUGAUCAAGGGAAACAGGAAAUAGCGCGAAUAAGGGGGCAAAACGGAUUUAUCCACUUAGACUCAUCGGACGAAGCGAGGAUAAAUGGUCUUUUGGACGAGAUCGGGUUUACUGAACCGGACCGUGAUCAUAUUAGUCGAUCUUUUUGUCAUCUCUUGGAAAAUGGUGAGCUCAUCGCCCAAGGACCUGAUGCUUUUCAUAAGCUUUGUACUGAUCGAGCGCCACCAGACCACAAUAGUGAUGCAAUGAAUCGCCUAGUCCAGCUGCAGCGACGCUGCCGUUCCAGGAUUUUCAGGUUCUAUUUGCUGUCGGUUCAUGGCUACGGAAAAUACUUGACAGUGCUUUCCAGUGAUUCGAACUCCAACGCUCCAAAGCAAGAGAUUACAAUGGUUGUGCUUCGUUUGCUAGGCCUCCUGACAACGUAUGGAGCCGAAAGCGACAUGAUCUCAGCGCUUGAAUAUGUGUUUUCCAACGGGCCAGUGACUCCAUGGUCCUACGUUGUUCCUCAAUUGAUUGCACGGGCACAUCAUCCGGUUGUGGCCGUGUCGUCUUUGGUUUGUUCGAUCCUUGAGCGGUUGGCACACCAUUCACCCUAUGCGAUUGUGUAUCCGACUGUCAUGGACUCGAUGGAGGCCUUUGAAAAUAAGCGAGGUACAGCGAACACGUUUGCUGCCGUCCUACAUGAGCUGCAGAAUGUGUCGUCUGGACAAGUUGAUGGAGUGCGAUUGUUAAUUUCUGAAUUAUGUAGAAUUUCUAUAUUAUGGGAUGAAGCUUGGAUCAGCACGCUGAUGAAAAUGGCAGCCGAUGUCGCUCGACGAACGAGUACACUGGAGAAGGAGGCUUCUCGAGUUGACAAAAAUGCCUCAUUAUCUCAUAACGAAAAGUGUGAGCUAGCACAGCGAAGAUUGGUAGCCAUAAUGAAGCCAAUCCUGGUGUCACUUGAUCGAUUGUGGAAUGAAACAUGUGGUCUUGCUCGUGACCAACACAAUGUGUCGCCUCAUGAGCGCAAAUUUUUGAAAGAGUACGGAGCGUUGAUUGAGAAAGCUAUGGAAAGCUUUCGCGCUUGUUGCUCUUUGGAACUGCGAGCGGGGGGUAUUAAGACACCGCAAGAGCUAUGGCAGCCUUUCGCUGAGAUAUUGAAAGCCCUGAUAAAUGUUACAGGCCGAAAUGAUCAACUACCACUUCAUGAUAUAUCGCCAGCAUUGGCGUCGUCUUCUCGGGAAUUAAUACUCACCGACAUGCCCGGUGUCUUGUCUGGUCAUAGCGACCCCAUCACUAUACAUCGUGUUAAUCCAUUUGUAACUAUUCUGAGAACGAAAACGAAGCCGAAGUCGUUGGGGUUCGUUGGAUCCGACGGGAAAACACAUAAGUAUUUGCUCAAGGCUCGAGAAGACUUACGCUUGGAUGAGCGCAUCAUGCAGUUCUUACGGGUGACCAACGAUUUCUUACGUGCAGACGCUGCAGCUGCUGCUCGAGAUUUGUCGGCUCAAAACUAUAGUGUGAUACCGCUCUCUAGGAAUGCUGGCUUAAUCCAGAUGGUCCCAGACGUUAUUCCGCUAUUUCAAGUGCACGCAUCUCGACACGAGCAAAAAGCAGCCAAUGGACGAGUUUCUCAGAAUCCCGUUGCGACAUCGUCGGCACAGCAGCAGCCACCGCCACCUACCGCUCAGUUUUAUGCGAAGCUGAAGCAACAUGGAAUUACAAAUGUGUCGCCGAAUAAUCGAGCUCAGUGGCCAAUUGCUGUGCUGAAGCAGGUAUAUCUGGAGCUUGUUGCGCAACGUUUGCGCAAUGUGCUGCUGCAGGAGAUUCUACUCCGCAGUGAAGAUUUACGAGAAAGCUGGACAAAAAGUAUGCGGUUUAGCAAAUCUCUUGCGGUAAUGUCCGUCUUGGGAUACAUUGUUGGAUUAGGCGACCGGCAUCUGGAUAACAUUUUGCUUUGUGUCAAUAGUGGAGAUAUCUUACAUAUUGAUCACAAUGUAUGUUUUGAGAAGGGACGCAGACUCAAGGUGCCAGAAAUUGUGCCAUUCCGACUGACACCCAUGUUGCAAGACGCGCUUGGGUUUACAGGUGUGGAGGGGAAGUUUCGUGUGGCCUUUGAAACAACCUUACGUGUUGUGCGCUCUGAUGAAGUUCGCGAAACUUUACUGACGUUGUUUGAAGCGUUUGUAUACAGCCCUCUUGUCGAUUGGAUAUCUGUGGAUAAACGACAAGGACAGUCAGGAGACUCAAAGGCUCGGCUAGGAGCUAACGUGAAUCUUUCCUUGUUCUUGUCACGAGCCGAAGAACGACGGCAAGACACUAUCACCUUCGGACGACAAUAUGAACAAUCUGCUGAUAUAAUUUGUCGUGUUCUCAAAGAGACGAAAGUGCCGUUUGUGGACUUGCUGGAACAACGAAUGCGAUUGCAUUCUCUUGAAAAAGAGGAGCAAAUGUUGCUGAAGGAGGUUUCGAAACUUGAGACUGACUUGUACACGUUUCAAAGCUCUCAAAUUGCAGAAUAUGUGGCCAUGGAGGCAGCCACCGCUCAUGCCAAGGAGAUGAGUGCGAAGAUUGCGUCUUUUGCAAACGAAUGCUUGGCAAGACAUCAGCAAAUUGAGCUGUGGAGACAGAAAAGCAUAAGUUUUGCCGAGACUGAUCCAGAGGGACAAUUAAAUGCCGUGACAAGAGGGGUUGAUUUAGCUUUCUUUCACGAGGCGCAUGCUAGACUAAGCGAUAUAUUGGCACAAUCACAGUAUGGUCAGCAAAAGGAAGUGUUAGCUGCAUUAGAGUCCAAGUGCCGAUCGCUUGAUAUGGAUGUGCAACGUCUGCGCGUUAAAAUUGAAGAGAUUGCUAUGGUACUGAUCCCCUAUCUUUCUUCUUACAGCCACUGGCGAAAGGAGCUGGACGCAUACCUGGAUUCAGAGCUCAAAACAUCAGUUAAGGAUGUAUACUUUGACUGGUGGAAUCGUUGUACCCAGUGCUUACGUGAACUAGUGGCUGGCCCAGAUACAGAAACUGUAAUUACUGUGACGAAUUUGCCAACUGCUCCUUCUAAAGAAAGCCUCGAUUACUCCAAGUCGAUCCUGAAUCAUCUCCAGGAUAGUGGGCUCAAUUAUCUUACAUUUAGCGGCGGCACGAAAGAGGAUUCAUCUUUUCUCUUGCAAGUGGACCAGUACCUCCAAGACGUGUGGGAUGCGCUUUCUGCAAUGCAAUUAUCGAAUGCUCAAGGCCAACGCCUUAUGAAACUUGAGGGGGCGUCUUGGAUCGUCAAUGUUAUGGGAACACUAGGCUUCUGCUCGAACGCUGUCGCAGCUGAGACUAGUGCCUUCACUCCCGUACUGGCUAUCCCUUUGAAAUUUCAGCAAAUCGUUACUGUGUCGUAUGCGUGUUCCACCUUGCUGGAGCUAGUAGCCACGCCGAAAGGCUCAAUGAAGAGACUCCGAGGGAAUGAGCUUUUGAGGGAGAUUCAUGAUAACGAUUCAAAAGAAAUUAAUCGAGGUGCUGGGCAAAAUUUACAUAAAUUUAUUGAUGCUCUUCAAGCAGUGGGAUCAUUUGCCGUUGUGCUUCAGGAAGAGUUUAUUUCUAACCUUCACGGUAGACAAUGGGACGUAAAUAUAUGCCAAGGUCUAUUGAAAAGCGUCAGAGGAAUGUCAGGUGGAAUGCAAAGCACCAUGGACGUAAUAAUGAUGCCAUCUGCAGUACAUGACGAAAAUUUCUCGGUGCACGUGGUGUUUCAAGAGCACCCAGCUAUACAGAAUGUCUUUGCAGCUGCUAUAGAGGUCACGCAAAAGUUUGCAGCUUUUACCGACUCAUUGCAGCAAGGGUCAGUUGUAACAGAUGAAGAAGCUGAACGUAUAAGGAGUGCGUCUAGCUCCAGUUGGAUUGAAUUACUUCUCAGCUUCGUGACGCUGUUGUCAGUGGAUCAACCCAAGCAAGAUUUUGAGGGAAAAGCACGCGUACUCUGGUCCGAUCAUAUGGAUGAUUUUGUUUCCAACUGCGUGAUAAAGCUACUCCGCUACCUACUUUCCAGUAUCAUCUCAUUCGAGUGGAAGUUCGACUUUUUCGCAGUCGCUGAAGGGAUGGCAAACAACAAGGAGCAGGCGGCACUUAAUUCUCGAUGGCUCGAGUUUUCCUGCUCUCAAAUCCCAGACAUAUUGCCGUCUCUUUUGUCGAAUAGUGAUACGUUGGAAACACACGUAAGCGCAGUGAAGAAGUCAAUCGAUGGACUAAUGACAGUUUGCGAAGAGUGGUGGAGUCAGAAAUGGAGAGUGUAUCAGUCAGACUUGUGGAGGCAACGAAUAUCUUCUCUUCGAACGUGGCAUGAGAGGCGACUUCGAUAUGCUACAUGGUUAGCGGUGGCACCUAUGGAGCCAAUCGAUGUAGCAGAAGCACCAAACCUUAGUAGAGCUCAACUGCUCACAUUCCUGUCAUCACAAACUCCUCAUCUAAAUGCUUUGCUCACGGAUCAACUUGCCGUUGAAGCGAACGUGUUAGAAUUGGCGCAACAAAUGGACUAUCUCGCCUCAAACCGGGAUACUGCUUCCUCCAACGACCGGCAAUCUACUAACGAGAAUUUGCACGACUGCGUUCAACUAUGUUACACCAGCGCAGCUGCACUUUUCGACUAUGGACGAGCUUUGGCUGACCUUGUUCAGGGCGUUAGUGUAAUUGAGACGUCGUCCGGCGAGAUCUUACAGGGGUCGGAACAGAUGGAGCUCGAAGUGAAUACUGUUGGAAAGAGCCUUCUCCAUAAAGCAUCGGAGGCUACUGUGGAGCUUCAAUUGUGCAGCAACGUGGUGAGUGAAGUGGAUGCCCGUGCACGUACUCUUCAAGGCGAAAUUGAACACAAACACGCUAUGUACGAUGCCGUCGUCUCUAGUAACUGCGCGGCCAAAACUAAAUUUCUUGAACUAUGGAGCCAAAACGAAGAUGCUAUGGUGGAAAUCUCACGUGUGCUGUGGAAACAUGUAAAAGAUAUGCGCUUGUUGCUAGAGAAUUUCGACAAGUUUAAGACGCCGUUGAAGCAAAAUACGCCUGUGGGGGUUGAGAGUAUACGCUCCCAAAGACAGCUGCAGAUGGAGAAAAACGAUUCCCUAUCUUUGGACCACUUUUCUCCUAGAGCCACAGUCGGGUACUCGUUCAUGGAGAAUGAUCGACUUGUGACAAUUCUACUACGCAGUAUUCGGUCAGUAAAACACUUGCAGGUGCUAGAAGGGGUUCUUGAGCGACAUGGAGAAGCCUGCACGAAAAUUCGAGAAACGAUUGCUUGGAUUGAUCAAGUUUUAACUGAUUUUGAUACUCGUGUUGAAGAAAUACUGUCAGAUGACAGCCAAGAUAAGACAGGUGCCGAUCCGGGUGCUGAUGCACUACUUACGUUGCUCCUCAAUUUGAUUGAGGCACUUGGUGUAAUCACGAAGGAAGUACAGCCUUUGUCCGAAGGCAGUGUAACAGUGAAAAUGACGGACGAAAGUGCGAUACCUCUUCUUGUGAUGGGCCGUGAUCUUGUACGCGAAUGUAUAAAGCUAUUUUUCGAAGCAACUAAAAUGGCUGAUCGAUUGUCAAGUGCAGACGACGAGAGUCACAAAACGGACGAAGAUGUCUCGACGCAACAUGUAAUUGACGAGGAUGAAGAGCAGCAUGAAAACACAGACACUUUUGAUACUUCCAUCGCUAUAGAGUCUGGCAACAGUGUUGUAGUAGGUGGAUGUAGUGACAACGGGGCUAUUCCUUGUGGCGUGGAGGAAAAAAGUCAGUAUGGCUUGCAAGUUCUCAAGCGUAUUGAAGAAAAGCUGUCAGGGACGGUGACGGAAAUGGCUCAUGCACCCAUGUUAACAGUGGAGGAACAGGCGUCGUGGCUUAUUGAUGAAGCUACGAAAACCGACAAUCUCUGUGUCAUGUACGAAGGAUGGACACCAUGGAUUUAG